AGAAAGCAUUAAACCCAGGAUGAAAACCCAACCCAACGAUAAAAACAGAGGCGAGGAGAGAAAGAAGCACCACGAGAUAAGAAAGAAAGGCUGGCGACUGGCACACUAGUGCUGCUAGAGCGCUGGCCAGUGUGCGGAUUCGCUCUUGGCCGCCGCUGCUAGUGUCGUCCUCCUCUCGGCGUCUGUCUCCCUCUCCCUCGUCCUCGCAUCCUUUUCUCUAACAGAUUUCGUCCUGGUUCGUGCAAAGGGCGGUUGCCGGUGGAGACGUUUCCACCGUCUGUCUGGCUGGCUGGCUUUUUCUUGCCUUGUCGAGAAACCAAGAAGAAGAGGCAAGCGAGCAAGCACACAGGAAUCACAGAGUCGGUGUGCGGCGGCCGGCUGAUUAAGCGAGGGGAUCGUGCUGUUGGGAAACCGUGAGACAGGGUUGUUCUUGCCCUGCGGUGUUUCUUUUGUCGGCGGGGCAAUCUCGUCGGGGGCCGAGGAAGAAGGGGGGAAAUGGCGGAAGUGAAGCCGGAGGAGAUCAGCCAUCCGCCCAUGGAGCAGCUACAAGGGUUCGAGUACUGCAUAGACUCCAACCCUCCCUGGGGCGAGGCGAUCAUACUGGGCUUUCAGCACUACAUUCUGGCGCUGGGCACGGCGGUGAUGAUCCCGGCGGUGCUGGUUCCCAUGAUGGGCGGCAAUGAUGGGGACAGGGUGAGGGUGGUGCAGACGCUUCUGUUCGUGACCGGGAUAAACACACUUCUGCAGUCCCUCUUCGGGACGCGGCUGCCGACGGUGAUCGGCGGGUCCUACGCGUUCGUGAUCCCGAUAGUGGCCAUCAUCCAGGACUCGUCUCUCGCGGGGAUACCCGAUGGCCACGAGAGGUUCCUCCAGACCAUGAGGGCGAUACAGGGGGCUCUGAUAGUGUCUUCCAGCAUUCAGAUCAUUCUGGGCUACAGCCAGCUAUGGGGUAUUUUCUCCAGAUUCUUCAGUCCAGUGGGGAUGGCGCCAGUGGUUGCGCUGCUCGGAUUCGGCCUCUUCGAAAGAGGGUUCCCUGUGGUUGGGAGAUGCGUUGAGGUCGGCUUGCCAAUGUUGAUUCUCUUUGUUGUACUCUCUCAGUAUCUGAAGAAUGUACAGAUCAGAGAUAUUCCCAUACUGGAAAGGUUCUCCCUUUUCAUCUGUAUCGCAUUGGUAUGGGCCUAUGCUCAAAUCCUCACUUCAGGUGGUGCCUAUAAGCACAGCACUGAGGUCACUCAGAUCAACUGCCGCACUGACCGUGCUAAUCUGAUCUCUUCUGCCCCAUGGAUUAAGAUCCCUUAUCCACUACAAUGGGGGGCACCAACCUUCAACGCUGGCCAAUCAUUUGGGAUGGUGUCUGCUGUUUUGGUCUCACUAAUAGAGUCCACAGCUUCUUACAAAGCUGCAGCUCGUCUUGCAAGUGCCACUCCACCUCCAGCUCAUAUCCUGAGUAGAGGCAUUGGGUGGCAGGGAAUCGGAAUCCUCCUUGAUGGGUUAUUUGGAACAGGGACUGGCUCCACUGUCUCAGUGGAGAACGUGGGGUUGUUAGGAUCUACAAGGAUUGGGAGCCGACGGGUUAUUCAGAUCUCUGCUGGUUUUAUGAUCUUUUUCUCCAUGCUGGGGAAAUUCGGAGCACUGUUUGCUUCUAUCCCGUUCACCAUUUUUGCAGCCGUGUACUGCGUCUUGUUUGGACUAGUUGCUGCAGUGGGGCUCUCCUUCUUGCAGUUCACGAACAUGAACUCCAUGCGCAACCUCUUUAUCGUCGGCGUCUCCAUCUUCCUAGGCUUAUCUGUGCCAGAGUAUUUUUUCCGGUACACCAUGUCUGCUCAGCGUGGUCCAGCGCACACAAAAGCUGGAUGGUUCAACGACUACAUCAACACCAUCUUCUCGUCGCCUCCAACAGUUGGGCUGAUCGUGGCCGUCUUCCUAGACAACACGCUGGAGGUGAAGAACGCGGCCAAGGACCGGGGGAUGCCGUGGUGGGUGCCGUUCCGGUCGUUCAAGGGGGACAGCAGGAACGAGGAGUUCUACAGCUUGCCAUUCAACCUCAACCGCUUCUUCCCUCCAUCUUAAGCGAACACAAAAGAGGCGGAUUAUGUCACCGAUGGAGGAAAAAAGAGGGAAGAAAAGGCAGCUUAUUUCCUCGCCGAUGCGAUUGUGCGUGAUUGUCGGGAAGAACUCAGAUAGCUGAGCAGACGCAGAUUAGUUCUUUAGUCGGCCAUUGUUUCAUUCGUUGAUUUGUUAAUCAUGUUCGACUCUUUGUAGUUUGCCAAACCCAGAGUGAUAGUGUUUUGUCCACCCUGUAAAAAUGGUCGCCUACUGUUUCACUUUGCAUGCAAUGGGUGCACUGGUAGUAGCUGUACAGUUGUUA